AUGGAACAAGUGCGCACCAGAGUGAUAGAAAAAAUCAGUGACACCUUCAACGCAGUUGCAAAGCAUCAAGCCGCGUGGAUUGAGCCUGAUAUCCAGAAAGAUCUCGGUCUUAUAUGUGAGGAUCUGCACAUCUCAAAAGCUGGAACUCAUCAGGAUAAGCUCUCACCAGUCUUCUUUGAUCCUCUCGGAACGCACAAUGUCCCCUCCCCUCAUCCUACCGAUGAUCAGGGGCAAAAGUUUGUCAAAGAGAUCUUCGACAAUUGGGACAAACCCAGCCCGCGGCCACCAACGGUGACCGAUCAAGUUUAUAAGUUAGUGGACCGGAUACGAGACAUUUUCCGAAGCAGCCGUCGCGAUUUUAUAUCAGAGUCUGGAUGGCCGACUCAGCUGCGGACUUACGCAAACUGGACUGAAUGUGGGAAUAUUACACCGGACCUCAUUGCUGAAGAAUUUGAUGGCCUUUUUUGGCUGUCGCCUAGGGAUCAACUCAACAGGCCCCACACUCUGCUCGCAACUUUUAUGAAGUCUGAGGCCAAUGAAACGCUUUCCAAAUAUGAGACUAUGGUCAUGUUGGCGGUCAUGUUGACCCGGUUACAAAGUGAUGAUUGUCCCAACCACAGCGUCAUUCCUAUCAUGAUCAUCAGCGUCUUUCCCGGUCUUAAGCUCAGAAUCUUAGAGACCCACUAUGACUAUAGAGGUCUCGUCAUUCGAAAAUCUGACUUCCUUAGCUUCGCGAACAAAGAUUCGGCGAUCUCGAGCAUGGACAUUCUGAUGAGUUUUAUGUGUUCCAAAAUGACCGGGAACACGACUGACAUGAAUAUCAUGAUCGAUCCAGUAGCUGAAGUCCCUCCACCCCCAUCCGAUAACUCGAGUCAGGAAUCUAGAAACGGAGAAGUGAAGUCAUGGAGUAGGGGAUCUUUGUGGCGAAAUGUCAGUCAUAGUAUCAAGACUUACAUUUUGAAGAUCAAAAAUGCCCUUAACACCUGA